GAAAUGGACGGCCUGCAGGUUGCAAAAACCUCGGCAUCAGCUUCGGCUUUAGCGCAGAGUUGCAUUGAGAGUAAAGACGCAAUGGACGAAGUUUUGCAGAUUCGAGUGUCUGGUAUCGACAAUGCGUUGAAGAGAGCACUCGACCGUCUGCGCAAGAUGAACAGCCUAAGCAGUGACAACAGUAGUCUAGUAAUGAAACUCGCAGGACUUGAUGUCCCGAAGGCCGAGCGAAAGGCAGUCCUGGAGCGACGGCGGAACGAUCGUAGAACUCCGUAUAUCAUGAUGAAGGUCACAAAUCAGAGCUUCCAAUUACCAGGCAUGUCGCAGCGCGUGUUUAAGCAAAUGGAUGAAAUAGAUGAUUCGUUGCAUUGCGUCUUGGAUGCGGCCAGGGCUAACUUUUACGCGCACGACACGCUAUUGGCGAGAGUCGAUGAGGAUGACCCCUACUGUAUGGACGAAACUUCGUAUGUAGUCAAGAAACCUGAGACUGUAGUAAUGGGUGUGGAAAAAGAACAAGUUGGAGACGGAAAGCGCGGCGGGUAACGACGGAAUCGCGUCUGAGGAGCACUAAGUACAUUAGCAUGAGAAGUUCAUGGCACUGAAAUAUGCCGUUGUACGCUGCAGUUGCAAUAAGGUUCGCAUGCAGACGGAGCCGCAUUCGUCAUUCCUGUGGUGAUGAUGCCACGUAGGUACCUGCCAGUUUUGGG